AUGGAAUCGGAAUGGAAUGAUUCUCAUUUUCUAUCCGGUAGUAAAAGAAGCUUCGGUGAUCUUCAAGACGAUGAAGAUGAUACCGUAGUAUCGAAAAAGGAUUGUAGGAAAGUGGAUGAAGCAGAACCUGUUGUUACAGCCGCCAUGAUUUUGUUACUCAGAGAGAGUCUUCAGAGUUGUAAAGAUAGAUUUGCUUCAUUUAACGACGAAAUCGCUUCAUGUAAAGAUAAACUUGCCUCAUGUAAAGACGAAAUUGCUUCAUGUAAAGAUGAACUUGCUUCAUGUCAAAAUGAGCUUGAAGCAGCCAAGACAGAGGUUGGUGAGUGGAAAUCAGCAUUUCAGAAGGAGUCCUCUCUACCAGCUAGAAAAACUAAUGAACCUAGAUUUUUGAUUGACUACAUCCAAAAUCUAAAAUCUUCAGAGAAAUCUAUAAAAGAACAGUUGGAAAUCGCACAAAUGAAGUUAGCAAUCCGUGAUCUGAAGUCUCAACUCGAGCCAGAAGUCGACAGCGAGACAGCCGCAGUCAAAAUCGAGAUUUUAUACAAACUAAGUUCUGUUGUUGUAAUAAAAAAAAACCAGGCAUUGUUGUCGUUGUUGCGGGCAGCAAACGCGCAGGUCGCGCAGCUGAAGGAUGUUCAUGACGUGAAGUUGGCUGAGCUGGAGAAAAACGUAGCUAUCAUAUUCCAAAACAUUCCGGGCUUGGUUCGUCCUCCCCGUACCUCAGAGAAUAAUGUUGCCGAAAACAUAAUCAGGAGUAAUGACGACGAUUUUGGCGGAGAUUAUCCCGCUACAAAUGCCACUAGGGCUUCAGGUAGUAAAAGAAGCUUCGGUGAUCUUGAAGACGAGGAAGAUGAUAUCUUCGGAUCGAAAAAGGGUCGCACGAAAGCGGAGGAAGCAGCCCCUGGUGUUGCAACUGGAAUGAUUUUGUCACUCAGAGAAAGUCUUCAGAACUGUAAAGAUGAACUUUCUUCAUGUCAAAAUGAGCUUGAAUCAGCGAAAACAGAGAUUCUCAAGUGGAAAUCAGCGUUUCAGAACGAGUCCUUUGUGCCGGCUGGAAAAUCUCCUGAACCUAGAUUUUUGAUUGACUACAUCCAAAAUCUAAAAUCUUCUGAGAGAUCUUUGAAAGAACAGCUGGAAAUUGCAAAGAGAAAAGAAGCUUCAUGCAUUGUACAAUAUGCGAAGCGGGAACAGGAAAUGGCAGAACUGAAGUCAGCUGUUCGCGAUUUGAAGUCUCAGCUCAAGCCAGCGUCAAUGCAGACAAGGAGGCUGUUACUGGAUCCAGCAAUCUAUGAAGAAUUUUCACGUCUGAAGAAUCUAGUUGAGGAAAAAGAAAAGAAGAUGAAGGAACUCCAGGAUAACAUUGUUGCAGUCACAUUUACCCCUAUGAGCACGAUGGGGAAGAUGCUUAUGACAAAGUGCAGAACACUGCAAGACGAAAACGAGGAUAUCGGACAACAAGCUUCUGAAGGAAAGAUGCAUGAGCUAGCGACGAAGCUUGCAAUGCAAAAGUCUCAAAACAAGGAACUUAGAAGUCAAUUUGAAGGACUGUUCAAACACAUGGCGGAGUUAACUAAUGAUGUUGAGCGAUCAAACGAAACGGUGAUAAUAUUGCAAGAGAAGUUGGAACAGAAGGAUAAGGAGAUAGAGAGGGUAAAGAAAGUGAUGGAGGUUACGUCUGAUGUAGCUGACAAGAAAGAUGAAGCUGAUGAAAAGAAAGAUGAAGCUGAUGAAAAGAAAGAUGAAGAAGAAGAUAUGAAAGAAAUUGAUGCGAGCGACGAAUUCAAAAUCCGAAGGAGCGGGAAAACAAUAUCGAAAAAUCAAAUAAUCGAGAACCCUCGUCAUUUCGGUUUUGGAGGAUUUUCGCAGAAACCAGCAAUGGAGAAGUACGAGAAGCUCGAGAAGGUCGGAGAAGGAACGUACGGGAAAGUUUACAAGGCGGUGGAGAAAGGCACCGGGAAGCUCGUGGCUCUGAAGAAAACCAGGCUCGAGAUCGACGAAGAAGGUAUUCCACCAACCGCGCUUCGCGAGAUUUCGCUUCUCCAGAUGCUAUCGACGUCGCUCUACGUGGUUCGAUUGCUCUGCGUCGAGCACGUCCUUAAAUCUCCGGCCAAAUCUCAGUCAUCCAAAUCGAAUCUCUAUCUCGUUUUCGAGUACCUUGAUACUGAUCUUAAGAAAUUCAUCGAUUCGCAUAGGAAAGGUGCUAACCCUAAGCCCCUUGAGCCUUCUCUGAUCCAGAAGCUGAUGUUUCAGCUCUGCAAAGGAGUCGCACACUGUCACAGCCACGGCGUGCUUCACCGUGAUCUGAAACCGCAGAAUCUUCUUCUGGUGAAAGACAAAGAGCUCCUUAAAAUCGCCGAUCUGGGCCUCGGUCGCACUUUCACUGUACCUCUCAAGUCCUACACGCACGAGAUCGUCACUCUCUGGUAUAGAGCUCCUGAAGUUCUUCUUGGCUCCACUCACUAUUCAACUGCCGUUGACAUUUGGUCUGUUGGCUGCAUCUUCGCGGAGAUGGUCAGGAGGCAAGCUCUUUUUCCUGGUGAUUCUGAGUUUCAGCAAUUGCUUCAUAUCUUCAGACUGCUAGGAACACCAACUGAGCAGCAAUGGCCUGGUGUUUCCUCUCUCCGUGACUGGCAUGUCUACCCAAAGUGGGAGCCGCAAGACUUGACACGUGCUGUUCCAUCUCUUUCGCCUCAAGGAGUUGAUCUUCUCAUGAAAAUGCUCAAGUACAAUCCAGCGGAAAGAAUUGCAGCGAAAACAGCUCUUGAUCACCCAUAUUUUGACAGCCUUGACAAGUCUCAGUUCUGA